UUUCUCAUGCUUCUACCCACACGUGAAGCCCAGACCUGGAGUCCGGGUCAGUUCAGCAUGACUUUUUUUUUUCUUUUUUGAUCUUGAAGCACUCGGAAUGCAAACGUCGACCACGUGUACCAGUACUACUCGGUCCCUGGAACGAAGAACAAACAAACGAAAUUUUCUUCUUGUUCUCGUGGUCCUAUGCAGCGGUGAGUUGUACUGUUGCCAGCUGGCCAAUCCAAGGCCGUAUUGUGAACACUCGUUUGAGAGGGUUGGACCACAGUAUAAAAAUGUUAGGCAACUGUGGAUAUCGAAUCAGGCACUCACGGUCUCGCCCGGCAAAGAUCGAUCCACUACUACUACUGAUGCACUGCAUGACUCAGAGUACAACUGUACAGGACGUGAGGUAAAAUGGAGAAGGAACGGUUUCGAAGGAGGAUCAUAUGGGUACUGGUAGAUAUGGACCGAAGCACUUUGUUAGACAAGAGCACGUUUUCCCUCUACACCGACUCAGAGUCGUGGAUUCCUGCAAGUAAUCUACGCGUAACGUGGGACUGUACAGUACCAGUACCUAGGGUAGGUAUAUGGCGAGCGUGCUUGGCCCUCGCACGUUCUAUGGACGAACCUGCGCAAUUCGUGUCCGUCUCGAUGCCUUGCCCACGGGUAUUGACGCCGGCAGAAAGUGGCUCCGAUCGAUCAUCAACCAACUCGAACUUGGACCAACGGCAGUCGGUGGUCGGGGCACCACCAGACUUGAAGUGGUCCCAAAUUCUUCAAAAUACGGUGUAGUUGUACAGGACCCCCAUAAUGCAAGAGGGGGCGGCAGAGGCGGAAGAAUAGACAGCAAGGAGAAUGUAUUAUUAUGGGUUGUUUCCGUCCGUGUUGGUGUCUGUCAACAUGUCAAAACAUUUCUCGGGGCUUUCAAUCGGAUGGAGUGGAGGACAACAAACAGAACGGGAUAGAACAGAACAGGGCUGUGCAGUGCAGUGCAGUGCUGCCUGUGUGUCGUGCUCCAGUGUGGAAUUGAUGUGGACAAAGUGUUGACAAAGAAAGGACAGACAGACACACGCCAUCACCAAGGGAUGGUGAGGCAAUAUUGAGCAAUCCCGGGACAAGAUAGUAAAAUAAGACUGGGUCUGGAAUGCAACACACUAAGUGAGCACCUUAAGGCAUAAUUUUGACAUGGAAUUGUCCCAGUCACAGAGUACACCACUACAGAGCAUUUGCAGCAGGCAUAGUACAAUGUUACACAACCUCAGUAAUAGUAGUAGUAUGGUGUCAUCUUAUGAUUGGUCCACGCCAUUCUUCUUUGUUAAUGAGGACAAGCCGGCGCCCCUGGAAAAAUGGCCAGAAGGGAAAGGAGGACUCGGCCUCUGGGGCCUAAAGAUGGAUUAAUCGCUACCAGUCAGGCCAUGAUUGGUGUCCACUGCCUGUGCCAUGCCAGUCGAGAAAAGGAUGAAGCGAGAGCAAAACCCGGUCGGGCCCCUGGAGACAGACGUGGCCGAUGUCGCAAUCACCAAUGAAGAUGGCAUGUGAGUCGCGGCGAAACUCUGCUGCACCACGAGGCCCACGAGUAUAAGGAAUGCGAGAUUGCCAGAUUCUGCACGUCUUGAUACUAGUUUUCAAACACAGUCUGAGGUCGUGGAUACGAGCAAGACGACAGAGACAAUUCGUCUUUGCAGUUGCUGGUGUACCGUCCAUUGCGUGUUGUCGAUACCACACAGUAUACCAUCACUACGAUCAACGUCCCACCUCUGAGUCAGCCUAUACAGGAUCCACAUCCACAUAUACCAGGCAUCAACCACCCUUGAAGGACUAUAAGACCAACAGUACAUCCACGUUGAAGGCGAUACGAAACACGGGAACAUCAGACAUCAUACGCGGAUACUUACGUGCAGCAACGCAACACACACGCCUUACAUAUAAUAUUCAGUGAACCUCGAGCGGAUCUUGCCGCCGGACUCUAACUUCGAGUCAUACGAUAACGCCGCGUGUCGUGUCUCAGACAAAGCAGUUUCAAUCCCUACGUUACAGCAGCCAAGGAACGACAGUCACAAAACAGUCAGACUUGUUGUCUGUGUAUACUUCAUCCUGACCGGGGAAAGCGGCAGUCAUACGAUCCCCCAUCAACCCAUUAUAUUUCAUUAUUCCGCCUGUUCCUGGCUCCAUCCGACCCGGAUCCCGGAUUCGCUGCCGGAACUUGAACGAGAAUCCUCUCAGACCCCAGACAUACAUACAACUUCCUGGUCUAGCGGCCACAGACCCCGAAACAAUUGGAGCCCGCUGUGUCUCAAGACGUCUGGGCCAUUGCACCAUUCCACCAAGUCCCGGUUCCUGCAGUGCUGGCCUGACCGCCCGUUACAGCCGGUACCUUCGGCUCGACCAUCGACAUCACUCCUCCCGUUGGGGGUCCUUGUUUCGUACAUCUGCAUCAUAGUUGAACAUCAUUGACAUCUGGAAUCCUUUGCUGUGUCUCUUUGUCACACAAGCACAUUGAUUCCUACCUGCUCAACGUCGACAUCUCAAAGCAGCCACGUUUGAUUUCUGAACACACUCGACAUCCCAUUUCUCUUCUACCAUGGCCUGGUCUAACCAUCAUUACUACCAACAUCAUCACCGCCACCCAUUCGAGUCGAUCCCCCACACUGUUAGUACCGCUGGGCGACCCCAGUCCACGGCAUCGAUGGAUUCCGACGCCUCCAGUUCCGGCCGAUCAUCCGACCACCGGAAGUCGUCCACCACCUCGACAGCCUCACAAUCCUCCAUCUCUCCCAUCUCCCCUGGCCUGGGUCCCAAAGUCCAGUUAGUCCCAUACGCCCGGUCAGCCAGCUUCGACGUCUCCUUGUCCGACGCGGAGCGCGAGUUGCUGGACAAGGCCAACUUCGACGCCCUCGACAUGUCGUCCAAGGACUUUGAUUUCGAAGACAUCUUCACCUUCGACAAGCCGCAGAAGAAGCUGGCCAAGGUGGUCGAGGUGUCCCGGCCGACCAGGGAUCACCGAGAUUGGUCCAACUUUUCCUUCUCCCACUACUCGGCUGCCGUCAGUGCGCGGAACAAGGUCAAUAGGUCCAAAACAGGAAUUGGCGAGUUGUAUUUGAGGAAUCAAUUCGAUGCCCGCCGGUCCUGAGAAUGAUGGAUGAUACACAUCUCUUUCGGGGCGCGGUUGCCUCCUUCUUUUCUUUUGAAAAUCAUGCUGGUCUGCAGAGCUGCUCCGUUCAAGGGUGGCCUCGCCCAGCAGACACCAUUUCUGCUGCUUCCUUAUUCAACAUGGAGCAUAUUUGUUUAAUAGCAAUGGGUGUGAAAGGGUCCGGAUAGGGCGUUGCAUGGGACAUGACUCCCGACACAUCAUCGACAUCAUCAAAAGUGAUUAUUGGCGUUACAUUACGGAAAGGGCUCAGCUGAAGAGGCACUGCCCAUGAGGCAUGGGAAAUUCAACGAGACAUGGGUAUAUAUCUCCAGAACCAGCAUCAUCGGAUGAAAACACUGGCAACAGGCAGGGGAAUGCAAGACACUGCUCUCUCCGCAAUGAGUGGUAGUGGUAUCAGCGGUCCUCAAGGCCGUAAUAACGAAUUAUUUGAUACACACCUAAUUACUGUACCUCCUACCUGACCCAACCUUUUGACUGACCUG